AGGAUACAGGUUGAUCAGUACCGGCAUAGCCUUUGGAAGCCGUACCACCGUCUUUGAGGGGCUGGAUACGGAGAUAAAAUUCCAAUAUAUCGAGACCGACACGAGGAUCCUUAGAACCGCCUCUUUGAACCAUAUUCAUGAUCAAGCUCCGUGCCCGGGAGCGAUUCAAAUCAAAUCCCAAACUACCCCCUUACAAGAGGCCGACAAGGUCAUCGUAAAGUUAGAGCGGUCGAAACAAAGAUCAGCGACAGAGACAAGGCAAAGGACUUGCCCAGUGAUGAUCGACAGAGGGAUGUCUUUGAUGACAGUAGAGACGCCACAAGCCGCAUUGAUUGCGAUAUACGAUUUACUGGAGGGUAAGACGUCAUAUCCUCAGGCAUUUACCGUACUAAGGGCAUCUAAGCUAAUGAAGACAAAAAUAAAGGGGUUGCAUUUCGCAACAUCUCUAAUAGGAGAGAACGGACCAGAUCCAAAAGCUGAAAGACUACAAACACCGCUAAUCCUUAUCGAUUUUGAUAUGGGAGAGGUUCUCAAUGACGAGACCAAAGGGGGCCCAAAACCUCGGACGGGCACGCCUAUAUUCAUGGCCGGUGUUGUACGCUCAGGUAAAAUAAAUGAAGGUCCUCACUACUUCCCUCCCAUGCCUCAACUGCAAGCAGGGCUAGAGAAUUAUCUCAAGCAUCUUCCUAGCCGCCUCGAGGCAUUUCCACCGAAUCAAGAAGCAGAUAAACGUCUCCACGAUGACAUGAUUUUGGAAAAAUUUCAGCAUGAACUACGCUACGAUGCCGAGUCUGUAUUUUGGUUAUUGUUGUGGUGGGCCAUACAAGCAAAACCAGAGGCUUCUGACAGCGACGAAGAUUUCAUUCCCAAAGCCAUCUGGGAGAGUUUAACAUGGGGAGGUGAAAAGCAGGACGGAAGGCGCUACUUUAUUGACCCAUUUCCUAAGAAGAUCUUGCAUCCUUCCUAUCGACCUCUGGAAACGCUUCUCAGAGCAAUGUCUUUACAAUUAGCCGGGGAUCUUGGGCUUAUGGAAAGUCGGAGUGAUCCUGAAUACCUCCACGAAGCAUUUCAACGACUCAUCUUUGAGUUUCUUUCGGAACAUAGCAGCAAGAAUAGUGACUUCCUUAUUCUUACAAAAAGUCGGCGUCUACGUGAA